AUGGGCAAUGCCGGGAGCAUGGAUUCUCAGCAGACGGACUUCAGGGCUCACAACAUGCCUCUCAAGCUGCCAAUGCCCGAGCCAGGUGAACUGGAGGAGAGAUUUGCCGUCGUCCUGAAUGCAAUGAACUUGCCACCAGACAAAGCCAGGUUACUUCGGCAGUAUGACAACGAGAAGAAAUGGGAGUUGAUCUGUGAUCAGGAAAGAUUUCAAGUGAAGAAUCCUCCACAUACAUAUAUCCAGAAAUUAAAGGGCUAUCUCGAUCCAGCAGUAACCAGGAAGAAAUUCAGAAGACGAGUCCAAGAAUCUACGCAAGUACUACGAGAACUGGAAAUUUCUUUAAGAACAAAUCAUAUUGGAUGGGUCAGGGAGUUUUUGAAUGAAGAAAACAAAGGCCUGGAUGUUCUGGUGGAAUAUUUGUCAUUUGCACAGUACGCAGUCACUUUUGACUUUGAAAGCUUGGAGAACAAUGUGGAAAACUCAAUGGAUAAAUCCAAACCUUGGAGCCGUUCCAUUGAAGACCUGCAUAGAGGAAGUAACUUACCCUCGCCAGUUGGCAAUAGCAUUUCCCGCUCUGGCAGGCAUUCUACUCUACGGUAUAAUACCUUGCCGAGCAGAAGAACACUAAAAAAUUCAAGAUUAGUGAGUAAAAAAGACGAUGUUCAUGUCUGCAUCAUGUGUUUACGUGCCAUAAUGAAUUACCAGUAUGGAUUCAAUAUGGUCAUGUCACAUCCACAUGCUGUUAAUGAAAUUGCACUAAGCCUGAACAACAAGAAUCCCAGAACAAAAGCCCUUGUCUUAGAACUGUUAGCAGCCGUUUGUCUUGUCAGAGGAGGGCACGAAAUUAUUUUAUCUGCGUUCGAUAACUUUAAGGAGGUUUGUGGAGAGAAACAGCGCUUUGAGAAGCUGAUGGAACACUUCCGAAAUGAAGACAACAAUAUAGACUUUAUGGUGGCAUGUAUGCAGUUCAUCAACAUUGUAGUCCACUCAGUAGAGGACAUGAAUUUCAGAGUUCAUCUCCAGUAUGAAUUUACGAAGUUAGGCCUGGAUGAAUAUUUGGAUAAGCUGAAACACACAGAGAGUGACAAACUGCAGGUGCAGAUUCAAGCUUAUUUGGACAAUGUGUUUGAUGUGGGAGCUUUGCUUGAAGAUGCCGAAACCAAGAACGCAGCCUUGGAAAGAGUUGAAGAACUGGAAGAAAAUAUUUCUCAUUUAUCGGAAAAACUGCAAGACACAGAGAAUGAAGCAAUGGCGAAGAUUGUGGAACUGGAAAAGCAGCUUAUGCAGAGAAACAAAGAACUGGAUGUUGUUCGAGAAAUUUACAAAGAUGCAAAUACCCAGGUUCACACGUUGAGAAAAAUGGUCAAAGAAAAAGAGGAAGCCAUCCAGCGGCAGUCAACCCUGGAGAAAAAGAUCCAUGAACUGGAAAAGCAAGGGACCAUUAAAAUUCAGAAGAAAGGUGAUGGUGACAUCUCUAUUCUUCCUGUUGCUGUGGCCUCUGGGACACUGCCAUCAGGGUCAGAAGCUACAGCUGGCACAUGUGUGGGACCAGUGACUGGGGCUACGUCUUCAGUACCAUUGCCGCCACCUCCACCCCCAUUACCACCAUUACCACCAACAUCUGAGACAGUGCAAAACGGUCCUGUGACAGCACCUAUGCCACCUCCACCUCCACCUCCACCACCACCUCCACCUCUUCCUGGUCCAGCUGCAGAGACAGCCCCAGCUCCUCCACUGCCUCCCCCACCGCCACCAUCAGCACCCCCUCUGCCAGGAACAGCCUCUCCCACGGUGAUUUUCAACUCAGGAUUAGCAGCUGUGAAAAUCAAGAAGCCAAUCAAGACAAAGUUCCGCAUGCCUGUCUUUAACUGGGUAGCUCUCAAACCCAAUCAAAUUAAUGGGACGGUCUUCAAUGAAAUUGAUGAUGAAAGGAUCCUGGAGGAUUUAAAUGUGGAUGAAUUUGAAGAAAUAUUCAAGACAAAAGCUCAAGGUCCAGCCAUUGAUCUUACUUCAAGCAAACAAAAGAUAACUCAAAAAGGGUCAAACAAAGUCACAUUAUUGGAAGCAAACAGGGCCAAAAAUCUUGCCAUCACUUUAAGAAAAGCUGGAAAGACUGCAGAUGAGAUAUGCAAAGCUAUUCAGGUAUUUGACCUGAAGACGUUGCCAGUAGAUUUUGUCGAAUGUUUGAUGCGAUUCUUGCCCACUGAGAACGAAGUGAAAGUGUUACGGCUCUAUGAGCGGGAGAGGAAACCUCUCGAGAAUCUGACUGAUGAAGAUCGGUUCAUGAUGCAGUUCAGUAAGAUUGAGAGGCUGAUGCAGAAGAUGACCAUCAUGGCCUUCAUAGGCAACUUCGCAGAAAGCAUCCAAAUGCUGACGCCGCAACUCCAUGCAGUAAUAGCAGCAUCUGUCUCAAUAAAGUCAUCCCAAAAGCUCAAGAAAAUACUGGAGAUAAUCUUGGCUCUUGGUAACUAUAUGAACAGCAGUAAAAGAGGAGCAGUUUAUGGGUUUAAACUACAGAGUUUAGAUCUGCUGUUAGACACAAAGUCAACGGACAGAAAACAAACGCUGUUGCACUAUAUAUCCAAUGUUGUGAAAGAGAAGUAUCACCAAGUAUCCCUCUUUUACAAUGAACUUCAUUAUGUGGAGAAAGCUGCUGCAGUGUCCCUUGAAAAUGUCCUGUUGGAUGUCAAGGAGCUCCAGCGAGGCCUGGACCUGACAAAGCGAGAAUACACCAUGCACGACCACAAUACAAUGCUGAAGGAAUUUAUUCAUAACAAUGAAGGAAAACUAAAGAAACUGCAGGAUGAUGCAAAAAUAGCCCAGGAUGCCUUUGAUGAUGCUGUGAAAUAUUUUGGGGAGAAUCCCAAGACAACCCCCCCAUCCGUCUUUUUCCCAGUCUUUGUCCGAUUUGUGAAAGCCUACAAGCAAGCAGAAGAGGAGAAUGAGUUGAGAAAGAAGCAGGAACAGGCACUCAUGGAAAAACUUCUGGAGCAAGAAGCAUUGAUGGAGCAACAGGACCAAAAGUCUCCUUCCCAUAAAACAAAGAGACAGCAGCAAGAGCUAAUUGCAGAGCUACGCCGACGACAAGUCAAGGAUAACAGACAUGUGUAUGAGGGGAAAGAUGGUGCAAUUGAAGACAUUAUAACAGAUCUUAGAAACCAGCCAUACAGACGAGCCGAUGCGGUAAGGAGAAGCGUUAGGCGACGCUUUGAUGAUCAGAACUUGCGCUCUGUAAAUGGUGCUGAAAUAACCAUGUGA